CAGGCUCGAAAGGAUAGUUUCAUUACUGACGUCAGACCACUUCUGCAGCCCAGCACAUUCGGCGGUGCGCGUGCUAUUAACAACCUUGUUAAUCUCAUCGACGACUUUGGUUCUGAGGAGGUCGAACCUGCCCUGCGAAUGGAAAUCCUCACCAAGAUCUGUGAUAACGCCGCUAAUCAUUACUUUCGGGCCUGG